AUGGCGCCCCCAAAGUCCCGCCCAUAUCGCCCCAAGAAACGCCCCCAGUACCAGCAGCAGCAGCAGCAACAACAACAGCAGCAACAGCAACAGGGGCUGCUGCCGCCGCUGCCACUACCUCGUCCUGCUCCCGCUGGCCCCCCAGCCCCCUCUGGUCCUCUGAUAAAGAAGCAGAAGCGUGAAGAAGACAUCCAGCGUAAUAAGCGCCGGAAGAUUACUCACCUUAUUAAGGCAGUAGGAGCCAACCUAGCAGAAUUACCAGAGUCAAUCCAGAGAGGGCUGGGGGUGCUAAAGCUGCGGUCCAAUUUGACACCUGCCCAGAAGCUCCGUCUCACAGAACUAGAUGGCGAGUGGGCUGCAGCGAAGCUGGAGCGGGAGGAGGCGCAUAAGAAGCGCAAGGCUGCCAGAGAGGCUGUUGAGAAGGCGCAGAAAGAGCUGGAGGAGGCGCAGAAGGCAUGGGAGGAUGCGGAGAAAGCUGUCAAGAAGGUGUCGGCCGAGCACCGGCUCUUCUUUGAAGAGCAGGGUGAUCUUGCUUGA